AUUCGCUUUCGUCUCCACCACCGACAGAGCUUCCAACUUCAACAACACACCAACGACAGCCAUCAUACUUUGCUGCUCGAGACAGAGAGAAGAGGGAGGUCGAGAUAGCACAGUAAUUUAUCCCUUGAUUACUAAGGACCCACAAAGGAUCAAUCAAAAUCAGCACUCUGUUCACUCUCUGCCUUUUGAAACAGAGACACUCUUGAUAAACAACCUGUGUGUGUGUGUGUGGAAGGAGUCGUCAUUGUCAGUUCCAUACUAAUUGAAGAUCAUAGUGGCACCACCCACAACAGUACUCCACCACUAUCGGCUAAUCUACCACUCAACAAUUCACUAAGUAUUUACAUAAUUAAUACAUAAUCACUGCUCGAGGAGGAAACUUGAAGCUCCCGAGCAUGGAUGCAGCAGGAGAUCAAGAACAUCAAGAUGGGGAUGAAGAAAUGCCCCAUCUGGAUGAGGAAGUUCAAGAUGAUGGUGAACAUGGUGCCGAGGACUUGGAUGAGCAGUAUGCUGAUGAACAACAAGAAGAUGGCGAGUUGGUGACCCGUGAAGAUGAUGAAGGAGAGGAAGAUCACAUUGAGGAAGAAGAAGAGGAAGGACAGGAGGAUGCGGUCGAAUAUGAGGAACAUGGCGGCGAAGAUGAAUUGGCAGAAGGUGGUGAAGAGGAAGCAGUUGAAGGGGACGAAGAGCAUCUUGCAGACGACGACGACGACAAUGAAGAUGAUGAAGUUGAAAUACCACCACCCAAAUUUUCACCCCUGCACAACGAACCACAAGUAGGAGAAGAGGAAGAACAUGAUGAUGAACAUGCAGAUGAAACUCAAGGAAAGGAACUAGAAGAGGAAUCCACAAUAAACAACAACAAUCAGGACGAGCAUGAGCAGUCAGACGUUGGUGGGGCCAAGAGAAAGCGUUCAGCUUCUCAUUCGGCUGACGAAGGGCCGAAGCGGAAACAAGUCAGAAGCAGUGGGUCGGUGAGCGGAAAGCAUGACACGUACUGUUGGGUGUGCCACAAAGAAGGAGUUCAAGCAUUUUGUAAAAUUUGCCCACGAUCCUACCAUUCAAAAUGUAUGCAUGUACCUGAGGACUCGGUGAAAGGUUCACAGCCGUCGUCGGAAUCAUCAUCAAAAGCUUGCAUUUGUCCUGAAUGUGCCGUCGUUAUGAACGCUGAGAACUUGGAGACUAGAUCGGAAACUAUGAAAAAGUUAACGGUUGACCAGUUGAUUACAAUGCUUAAAUAUGCUUGUGAAAGGAUGAAAACCACACCCGGAGCUGAACCCUUCUUCUAUCCUGUGGAUCCUGCAGAGGCUGUUGACUAUUUCAAAUAUGUAGUCUACCCCAUGGAUCUUACAACUCUGGAAAACAAUGUGAAAAAGCGUCAAUAUGGAUCAACGGAAGCCUUUCUAGCAGAUACACAAUGGCUCGUUCACAACUCUGUCGUGUUUAACUCCGCAACUUCUCCAUUCACUGCAAUCGCCAAGAAGAUUUUAAAAGUUUGUCGACAGGAGAUCCAAGACAUUGAAACAUGUCCAGAAUGUUAUGUCAAUGCUCACAAUAAACCAGAAGUUUGGUUUGUCGAAGCAUGCAAACGGCCACACAUUUUAGUUUGGGCAAAACUCAAAGGAUUUCCAUUCUGGCCAGCAAAAGCCAUGAAAGUUAAGGAUGAAAUGAUUGACGUUCGAUUUUUUGGAGCACAUGAUCGGGCUUGGGUUGUGCGAAAAGAUUGUUUUUUGUAUAGCGAAGACAAUCCAUCGCCGGCCCCGCCUAAAAGAAAUGCUGGUUUAUUGGUUGCAAUCGAGGAACUGAAUGCUCAUGUCGAGAAGCUAAAGGAGCACCAUGGGCCAGUGAUUUUUCAAGUUGCAAGGACACCAAUUGGUUCACAACUUUCAUUGGAGCAAAUUAGGCAAAUGCUUCCAGAGUAUAAACCCGACAACUCCAGCCCUAGAAAUGUUCCUGCAAUGCAACAACAGCCGCCCGCAAUUAAGAAAUCUCCAAUGACUAUUCGAAUUUCUUCGCUGAAAACAAACCCAACAAUUGUUACCAAUUCUGUUAUGGAAGAAAGCGUCGGGAUGUCAAAAUCAUCUAAAAUCAGAAAGGUAGCUGUUGCAGAUAAUGGCGGAGGGAAACAAGUUCCAGAUAGCAGGCAAGUUUGCAGUCCUCAACAUGAGGAAAAGGAGGUAGAGGACAUGAAACAUGAAGAAGAGCUCAGUUCUGAGGAGAUGGAGGAGGAGGAGACAGAGUUAGAGAAUGUUAAACAACCAGCAACUACAACAAAACCAAAACCCUCGGGAAUUUUAGCAACUGCUCUUGCUGGUCGUCCAACAACGCGACGAAGUAGUCGUUCUGAAACCACAUCUCCAGUAACUGCACCUGUGGCAGCGGGUGAUCAGAAAAUGCUUCGAGCGGUACUGAAACCUGCUGAGAAUGAAUCUGGCGAUGAAAGUUCUAAAGAACAGCGAGAUUCUACUCCUCCGCCUCCAAAAUCAUUUUUAAAAUCACUUGGCCUAAUGAAGGCAAGUGAUGUCAAGAAGAAGCCGCCUGUUGUAACCCAGCUCGGGAAAUUGCUCCAUCCCAGCGAAGUUUUUGUAAAAGAAGAAGCCGAGGAGGACGAUGAUUAUGAAACUCCUACACCCGCCGGUGCUGCUGCUGGUGGGUUUGGUGGCCCUUCUUCUCGAAAACCAAGUGAACUUGUAAACCAAGGAAUGCGAUUCAAUCUUUCCAAGGAUAUUUCCAUUUCACCUGUUGGUGAUGAUUCAGGAGAGGACAAUUCUUCUUCUUCUUCUCACCCUCAUCAACCACGUCGAAUGAUUCAAGGGCACAAUGCUCGCCUCGUACCUGGACUUAUUCCCCAGAAUGCACAAAUGAUGGGAGGUCGACCUAGACAGAUGUACAAUGUGAACGGUGGCGGAGGGAUUCAACAACGCUUCCAACAGCAACAUGGACAACAGCAACAGCGCCUUCUGAUGAGACCACGACCAGGAGUUCAAAUGAGACCAGGAAUGAGAAUUAACGGACCUCGGCCACAAAAUAUGCAAAACAUGCAAAUGCAAAUGAAGCCACAAGGACAGAAUAAACCAAAAGAUGUUAGCUCAACAAUGUUGAUUGACUCCUCGUCGUUGCAGUCUCAGAGUGGCUUUACGAGCUCGGUACAAUUGAAUCAAGUGCAGUCCAUGCAGGGAGCGAUUACCCUUCCCGGAGGAACAAUUACACUAACACCACUCCAGUCAUCAGUCAUCGGAGUGCCAAUCACUGAUGGUACACUGAAUGGGGGACAAGUGGUUGUUAAACAAAAUCUUACUUCCGCAGCCAAUGGGUUACCAAUUUCUGCUGUGCUGACCACCCACGACGGGACUCAAUCUCUGUUGAAAUCCAACAAUAAACCAAAUCCACAGCGCAGGAAUUUGAUGAACCAGGUCCCUUCUACGGUUGGUCACCUUGUGCAGAAUUUGCAGAAAACUUUGGUGGAACAAACCAAAAUCACGAUGGAGCAAAUUGUGAUGGAAAUGCUGGAAAAGGCAAAUACGAGUGGUGGUGGAGCAGAAUCAAAAGCUCUUAAAGAUGAAAAUGAAAAAUUGAAGAAGCAACUUAUGGAGCACAAGCAUAAUCAAGAAUCCAUGGUCCGUGAGGUGAAGGAGGCUUUAGUUGCGGAUAAAAAAAGAUCUUUGGUUGAACUUCGAAAACAAUUAGAGGGAGAGAAAAACAAGGCUGUUGAGGAAACUAAGAAGAAGCAGUGGUGUGCUCGAUGUGGGAGAGAAGCACAAUUUUAUUGUUGUUGGAACACGUCGUACUGCGGCUAUCCUUGUCAGGAGGAACACUGGAUUGCGCACCAUAUGAAUAACUGUUCUCAAGCUUCCGGAGGUGGUUCAAGACAGUAAUUUAUUCGAAACAUAAAAUAUAACUUCAAUUUAAAACUAAAACUUAGUCUUUAUAAAGAGAAAGAUUAAUAUUCCUACCAAAUUCGAUUGGUUGUUAAUAAUAAUUUAUUAUAUGUUAUAUGAUCUUUGGGCUCAGUUUUUCCUGUUUGAUUCCGGUUAUAAAUUUUGUAAGGUUCCCACAUUAUUUUCUGUAAAUUUUUAGUUAAACUACUUUCUGAAAAAUAUCACAAGUCUGCCUGUGCAUAAUAUUUUCUGUUCUUCAGUUACACUUUCUAACAUAUUACUAUCCAACAAUUGUUACAAACUUCGUUGCUUUUUGUUUGAAAAGUAUUACAUGAUUUAAUUCGAAUAAUACAUUGUUUUAGAAUUUCCUAGUUUUAUUUGAAAAAUUGAUUUUGUGCGGAUGCACAUAUUAAAACGAUCAUAUAUUCUCAUGAACAUCGUAUUGUCUAAUAACAGUUAAUACGUAGAAUUAUUGAUGUGGCCUGUUAUGAUUAUAUGACGUGCAUAUGAUUAAGUGCUUUGUGAACCUCUACUGAUAAUAUGUACCAGGUCUAUGAUACACACUACCGACUGAUUUGAAUGCAACUAGUGAGCAAUAAGAAAUGAAGUGUAAGAGUAAAAAUUAGAAAUGCUUAUAAAUGAUGACAAGUAAUACAAAUAUUUGACUUAUACAUACGUUUUUUAGUGUUACCAAAAAGAAAGUGAAAUGAAUAAAUAAAUGACAGUUUUAUACAAA